AUUUUUGCUCAGUAAUUUCUGAAUUACUCAUUAUUGGUCUGAAGGAAGCAGCAAGGACAGUUGCUGUAUUGUUCCAAGUAUAAGUUGACCCCUACAUAUAAGUCAAUCCACCAGUUCUGGGUUCAGUUUGAGGAAAAGUGUCUUGUUCCCCAUCAAAAUACAAAGCAGUCGCUGCAGGUACCCCUCUUGCCUCCAUAAACCCACCCUGGAGAAUUGAAUGCUUGAGGGAAAGGACCCAGAGGGUGAAAGGCGCUAGCUGUACUGAAAUAGAAACUGCAUGGGAAAUGCUUCCAGCUCGGUGUUUUAUUGCGUGGGCAAGAAAAGCUGCAAGUGUUGAAGUCAAGAUCAUUGGGGCUGGCUGUGGGUCAGUCCUGAGUGUAAAUAGAAGGUGGUUUUUAUGGGAUGUUUUAUGCGGGGGCAGGUCAAAGCACCACUAUCAGAAAAAUACAGUAAUGACUCCUCUCACAUGGACCAGAGGUGUUUUUGGCCCUUGCAAGGUUUCCAGUAGAAAUAUCCGUUGCCAUGGAGAAAAGGCAGGCGGGUUCCUUAAAUGAGGCCAAAAAGAACCUCUCUAUAGGCAUAUAAACCCAAUGGAGCAGGGCAGGUGUUAGACAGAAGAAGAUGUUUGUCAGUCAUCCAGUCGGGAUUUUGCAGCCAGGAGUUGUAAAAGAGCUGGCUGAGGCAUGCUGCAGGCGUGGAUGGCCUAUCUGAGGGCACUGGAGGCAGUUUGCAAGGCCAGGGAGAGGGCUGAAGCAGUGGUGAGAUUUAACGAGGGUAACCUGGGUAAUUACAGACCCCAAGCAACGCUGUGGAAUGGCCUUGAUUAGUAGGGACUGGAAAGGAGGGAAUGUAGUUAACACCCAUCAGGAGGCCUUUACGGGAAGGAGCUUGUCCCGGGAACUGGAUUGAGCUCUUUUCUGGCGAGGUGACAAACAUGGCUGAGAGGCGAUAGAGUUUGUGGACGUGAGCAGGUCUGGCUGCCAUGAAGAAGACCCACACGUCCCAAAUCGAAGUGAUUCCAUGCAAGAUCUGUGGGGACAAGUCCUCGGGGAUUCAUUAUGGCGUCAUCACGUGUGAGGGCUGCAAGGGCUUUUUCCGGAGGAGCCAGCAAGGCAAUGUCACCUACUCCUGCACCCGCCAGCAGAACUGCCAGAUUGACCGGACCAGCCGCAACCGCUGCCAGCACUGCCGCCUCCAGAAAUGCCUCAGCCUCGGCAUGUCCCGGGAUGCCGUCAAGUUCGGGCGCAUGUCCAAGAAGCAGCGCGACAGCCUCCACGCUGAAGUGCAGAAGCAACUGCAGCAGCAGCAGCAGCAGCAGGGUGGGGAGGCAGCCAUGGCCUCUGCAUACGCCCUGGGCCUGGCCAACGGGCAGCUUAAGUUGGCCUCGGACCCUGACCUGCUGGAGGCCUCGGCCUGCCCUGGUGCCCUCCUAGCUGGGCAGGCACGGCUCGGCCGGGUGCCCGAAGAGCCACCAGCGCUGGCCUUCUCCAACGGACUGGCCAAGGCCCACGGCCGGCUGGGUGGUGACCCGUGUGGCCCCUUCGCCAGGGAGUACAGCCCCGAGCGUAUCAAGAUGGAUGCCCGGGGCAGCAUCUUCUAUGGGCCGGAUGCCCAGGCCUCGCCCGAUCCCACCAGGCUGGACAUCGGGGCCAAGCGGGGCCCGGGCAGCAGCAACCCCGGGGAGUCCGUCGACUUCUACACCAGCCCCAGCUUCACCAGCAUCCUGGAGUCUCCCCACUCCUCAGUGACCGAGAUCGAGCACCUCACCCAGAAUGUCCUCAAGUCGUACCGCGAGACCUGCCAGCUGCGCCUGGAGGACCUGCAGCUCCUGCGCUGGGAGACCUUCUCGCGGGAGGAGGUCAGCGCCUACCAGAAGAAGUCCAUGGAGGAGAUGUGGGAGCGCUGCGCCUGCCGCAUCACCGAGGCCAUCCAGUACGUGGUGGAGUUCGCCAAGCGUAUGGGCGGCUUCAUGGAGCUGUGCCAAAAUGACCAGAUCGUGCUGCUCAAAGCAGGUGCCAUGGAAGUGGUGCUGGUGAGGAUGUGCCGUGCCUUCAACUCGGAGAACAGGACAGUCUUCUUCGAGGGCAAAUACGCUGGCCCAGAGCUCUUCAAGUCCCUCGGCUGCAACGAGCUGAUCAACUCCAUCUUCGACUUCGCACAUGGGCUGUGCUCCCUGCAUUUCACCGAGAACGAGAUCGCACUCUUCACCGCCCUCGUGCUCAUCAACGCCAACCGCCCAUGGCUGCAGGAGAAGGGCAAGGUGGAGCGGCUGCAGGACAAUCUGGAGCUGGCCUUCAAACACAUGCUGCGCAAGAGCCACCGCGAGGGCCUCCUGGCCAAGCUGCCGCCCAAGGGCAAGCUGCGCAGCCUGUGCUGCCAGCACAUGGAGAAGCUGCGCUCCUUCCGGCAGAUGCACCCAAUCGUGGUCCAUGCCGUGUUCCCCCCGCUCUACAAGGAGCUCUUCAGCGCCGAGGGUGAGCCACAGGGCCUGGUGGCCGAGUGACCAGCAUCCAGCGAGGCUUGGCCCUGCUCCGGCCAGGGGAUGGGGGCUGGAUGCCUGGGUUCUGCCCCCAUCGAAUCAGUUCCCUUCGUUCUGGGCUUCAGAAGCGGGAAAAGAGGGGCGUUCCCUACCUCACUGCGCUGAAGGACGCUCACGAUGCACUUUGAGGGGCCCCCACAAAAUCAGCUCCUUCUGGCUGAGGCGAACACCCCAUCCUCAGGGCCCCAGGACAGGACCUGGUCCCCAGCUGGCGCGCGCUCGGUGCUGUACAUAGCAGAAGCCUCUACUGGGGGCUGGGGGCCUAUCUUAGCCAAGCAUCUCCUUACCUAGGAGGUUUGGGGUGGGGGGAGCAGUCUCUCCUCCCCCCCACCUCCUGACUUUACUGUCAGUGUUUCAAGGCCAGCAGGUGUUUGUAUGCUUAGUAAGGUCUAUCUAGAUAUAUAUAUAUAUAUUGUAUAAAGUAAUAUAAAAGAUGCUAUUUUUGCAAGGGAGCCUGGCCCGGGGGGAGGGGGGACUGAUCAGGCUGCUUGUGUACAAGGGGUCAAUACGAUGCUUUCAUACAGCUCCUGGCACCUGGUCGGAGCGGUCCAAGCCAAACCUCGAUGUUCCCCACACAGCACCAGGAGCCUCCCCUGACUUCCAAGCAGCACAGGCAGGCAGUCUCCAUACACUCAGCCCAAGUUGCCUUGUGUGCCAGCCCCAUGCAUCAGGCCCUGUGCCCAGCCCACCCCUCUUUGGGUGUCAGCAUGGGACGGGGAGCUCUUGGUGCUGGGAGCUAUGGGAACAGGCCUCAAGGCAGCUCCUCCACCAGCUCAGUCAGUCUCUGUCUCGUUUAUAGCAGGACAUUUUCUGGGUGGAAAAAUGUUUUUUGCAUCCUGAAUUUCCCAGUGAAACUUCCUCGUUGGAAGAGGAAAAAAACCCUCUGUCAUUUUUAAGCCAGUGACUGGGAUAGCAAGGAUUCGUUUGGGGGCUUUUUCAAGGGGGAGAAAAUGACAAUGCUGUGACCAAAGUGGGGGGAGAACAGGUUUAUUUUGGUUCAAAAUGUACAGCCGGACAGACACGAGCCCUGGCAGAGGCCAACGAGGUCCCUGCUUCCCAGCCCCUGCUUUUAGGGGCCUGAGUUCAAAUCUGCCCUGGGGUAGCUUAGAUCAACGUUAUUCUGCAGCCCUGAGCACCUAGGAGAUUGAGCAGCCUUCUGCUGGUCGCAGCGUUGCCCCACCAAGAUCUUGGUUCUCAUCCCGCUUCCAGCUCAGAGACGCAGCUCAGGGGAGGGAAGGGGAAUCUUUCUUUCCACCCUGAGAGCUGGUUCCAGGCUCUGGUUGAAAUACUGGCACUGUCCCCAUGGCAGGAGAGAGCAUGGGGGACCCACAGGCCCUAUGGCCAGAGAUGUGGGGCCUCUUUAGCCUGGUUGUUGAUGAGUUCAUGACUGGGAUGCGAAGCUUGCCAGGGCAGGGGGCAGAGCUGAUACCCUAGCAGGACCCCUCCAGUCCCUGGGACCAGGUUCCUAUAUUCCACCUAGGCAGGAGGAACAGAGAUCACUGAGCCCCCUCUGAGAACAGGCCCCUGACACUGGCUGGUGCACACACAUGUGCAUGCACAGAUAUAUACACAUGCACACAGGGCACUUUGCUGCAGCCAACAUGCUCAAAGCUACCUGAGAGUUGCUGGAGGCUCCAUGGGCACCUGGGAGUCCAAAUCUCCUCCCUCAGGGCAGGGUUUGCCAAGGGAUUUAGGCUCCCAUUUCAUGCAGUGGGUACUGGGCAUCUAAAUCCUCUUGCAAACCAGCCCUGCAGGGCUCCCAAGCACCUGAGCCCCCCUUGAAAGUGGCAUUGAGGCUCCUAAACCAUUCAGGCCUGGCAGAGACGAGGCUUCUGCUUCUGCUUCUACUUUUGCUCUGUCAGUCUCCAGCCAUGUAUGGCCUGGUCCCCCUAUGGAGCAAAACGGGUGGGAAGGAGAUGGGAGGUGUCAGCCCAGAGCUCCCCACGCCCUCCUCUCUCUUAGCACUUUGGACCCUUGCACUGUUUGAAUCCCAGGGGGUUGAGUGACAAUAGUCAGGCCCCUGCCAAGCUGCAAAGAGCGUCAGGAUGGGGCCAUCCGGGGCUUCCAGCCUCACAGCAGACAAUCAGGCUUUGUCAGCCCCCGGGUGCCUUCUGGAGAAGCCAUCUAGACACACAGGUCACCAGAGAGGCCGCGACUUGUGUCCCCCAUCCCCUCCCCUUUGCACUCACCCCCGGCUUGUCUUGCACCUCAUGUCAUUUCAGUGUGCUGCGAAUCACUGCCGAUGAGGGGCAGAGUUAAGGUGAUCGGGGUGUCAUUUCCCCCACUACUGAAGCACACGCAGCUCCCAGCUCCCCCUUCUCCCCCUCUGCCUGACUGUUUUAAUAUCCUUUUACAUAUUUAAAUAUCUUGACAGGGUUUGUAAAUAUUUGAAAGUUGUAAUUUUUUUUUAAUAGAUCAAAAAAAAAAAUAAAAAGAAGAAAAGAAAGAGGAAAAAAAUCCGAAGUUGUGAGAGAGGUUUUUAGAUUUGCUUUAAUUUAAUUCAGCUCCUGGUACGUUCUAUUUCUUUGUGUCCUGGUUCGUCACCCGGGUUCUGUUUCCUGGCAAAGGUUUUAAAGGAAAAAAAAGACACCAGCAGUGUUCCCAAUGCACCUUUUAAGGAGGAAUUGUAUUGGGCUGUGUCCGGUUUUAUUUGCUCUUUGCAAUAAACUAGUUUACCAAGAA